CGCUGGUCGCAAUAGGUUGCUCUAUCAAUUAGACUCGGAACAAAGCCAAAUUAAUGCGAAUUGACAACAAUGUCGGCAUUUGAAUUGAAAAACCUGAACGACAGCUUGGAGAAGCAUCUGCCAGCUGAUGAACUGAAGGAGGUCAAGCGGAUUUUGUACGGUGUUGAAGAAGACCAAACACUGGAUCUGCCUGAAAGUGCAAUUCAAAUUGCCAAGGAAAAUGACUUUGAGAUCAAGGGCUAUCGUUUCAAGGCUCGAGAGGAGCAGACCCGAAAGCCACGUAUUGUCCGGGUUGGAGCCAUUCAAAACUCCAUUGCACUUCCCACCACGGCACCCAUUGAACAGCAACGUGAAGGGAUUUGGAACAAGGUCAAGAAUAUUAUCAAGGCAGCGGCAGCUGCUGGCUGCAAUAUUGUUUGCACCCAAGAGGCUUGGACUAUGCCCUUUGCCUUCUGCACUCGUGAGAAGUUCCCCUGGUGUGAGUUUGCCGAGGAGGCCGAGAAUGGACCGACAACCAAGAUGCUCUCAGGUUUGGCCAAGGCCUACAAUAUGGUGAUCAUUCACUCGAUCCUGGAGCGUGAUAUUGAGCACGGGGAGACCAUCUGGAACACAGCCGUGGUCAUCUCGAAUAGUGGUCGGUAUAUGGGCAAGCAUCGCAAGAACCAUAUUCCCCGUGUGGGUGACUUUAACGAAUCCACGUACUACUACGAGGGCAAUACCGGUCAUCCGGUCUUUGAAACGGAGUUCGGCAAGCUGGCUAUCAAUAUCUGCUAUGGACGUCAUCAUCCACAGAAUUGGAUGAUGUUUGGAUUGAAUGGAGCGGAGAUUGUCUUCAAUCCUUCGGCCACAAUUGGUCGUCUAUCGGAACCUCUUUGGAGCAUUGAGGCCAGAAAUGCAGCCAUUGCCAAUAGCUACUUCACCGUACCGAUCAAUCGAGUGGGAACAGAGGAGUUCCCCAAUGAAUACACCUCUGGCGAUGGCAAUAAGGCUCAUAAACAGUUUGGACCCUUCUAUGGUUCCUCAUAUGUUGCUGCUCCUGAUGGUUCAAGGACUCCGAGCUUAUCUCGAGAUAGUGAUGGCCUUCUGGUGGUGGAACUCGAUCUUAACCUGUGUCGCCAGGUUAAGGACUUCUGGGGCUUCCGUAUGACACAGAGGAUACCACUUUAUGCUGAGUCCUUCCAAAAGGCUUCUCAGCACGAUUUUAAGCCGCAGAUCAUCAGAGAAACAUAAACAAUAAGUGUAAAGGCAGGAAAGUGAGGUCUUAUUGAUAUGUUAGAUAGUUUCUGCAAUUUGCAUGUGAAAAUAAUAAUAAAGAUAAAGAUUUCCUAGAAAUUGAUAGCCG